CCCCAUCCGCUUUGUCCCCCAUGCCCGCCUACCCGUACAAAAGACGGCGCACCGCGACCUCGGUCUUCGCAGGCGACUUCGACCCGCGUCCCGCGCGCGACGUCCUCACCAGUCUUCUCAAUGGCGUCCCCACCCCCAAGCUGACCGAGGAGGAGCAGGAGGCGCGUCGCGUCCGCAAACGCGAGAAGAAGGAGCGGCAGAGGGAGAAGAAGGACAGGGAGGACAAGAAACGCGCACGGGCUGUGGCCAAGGCCGCCGAGAAGCCUGCGCUCCCCGUCGCGUCGUCCUUAACCGCGCCGCCUACGCUCAUUGGCGCGUCAAAGGCGGCGAUGCCCCUCCCCCGCGCCACUACCUCUUCCUUCUGGCAGGCGCGUCCGCAGAUCACCAUUCCAUCCCUCCACCGCUCCGCCUCGUUCUCGCCGCCACCCAUGCCCUCGUCGCCGCCGCCCACCCCCGGCCCGUCCAUGUCCAUCUCGUCCAGGACCUCCGCGACGUCGUCCAAGCGGCCGUACACCCCCGAUGAUGACGAUGACAUCGACGGCCGCAACCAGAGCGUGGAGACCGACUGCACCGAGCCCACGCUCAAGUACCGCAAGAAGCGCACCGCGGCGCGCAAGGGUUGGAAGGGCUGGGUAGAGGGUUCGCCCCCGCCGUCGGAGAAGCUCAUCAACCUCGACAUGGCUACGAUCCUUCCGGAGCGCAAGACGAGGAGUGGGAAGAACUUCGACGCCAUCGGGCUUGGCAAGGAGGGUUGGGUUUAGAUGAGAUGCUUGAUGUUAUCCAAUGCUUUCCCCCCGCGUACCGUACGUUCUCGUGCAUGCUCCUAUUUUUCACUCGUUGCUCGUCUCGCAUACCAAACCUCCAUAUACUCGCGGCUGUUUUAUUCCUUUCCUCGGCAGACUGUUCCCUCGGGUGGUUUCUCUUCUGACCGUGUACUUCAUUGUCUAUAUCGUUGCUAGGGUUUUCCCACUAUCGCCAAUAUCUUGUAUACAUAUGUCGUCUCCUCUGCAGUUGGCAACGCCGAAAGAGUCCCCAUGCUUAUAUGCCCCCGUCAAAAUGCUUCAACGCCUCCCCAUGUACAGAUGCCCUUGUUCUGCCUUUGUUCUCUCUCCCUGCUCGUAAUCGUCGCUGCCGCCCAUGCCUCGACAUUGUAUGAUAUUCCAGAUCUUUCGGAAUUCAAUACUUGGCUGAUAAUGCC